AUGAUGGACACUGGGGAAGCUGAGGAAGAGUUUCACUUUCUACGACUGGGAGAUGAAGUAGUUUUGCAGAGUACCUUUACCUGUCACUCAGAAGCUGUAAAGCUGUGUCUUUCAGCUGAAGGCUUUGGUAGCAGACGUUGUUCUCUUGAGCCAACCUCUAACUCUAAGAAUGUUCCUCCAGACCUGUCCCUGUGUGGCUUUGUGCUUGCUCAGUGUCUGUCUGUCCGGGCUCUACAGGAGAUGCUGGCCCACACUGAGCAAAUAUCGGAGAAGAUGUGUGCUGAUGGGAGCCAUCGCACACUUCUGUACGGGCAGGCUGUGUUAUUCCUUCACUCAUACAGUGGCAUGUAUCUGAGCUGCAUGUUCUCAUCUCAAUCUUCAGUGGAUAAGCUGGCAUUUGAUGUUGGCCUCCAAGAUAAUAAAACAGAUGAAACAUGUUGGUGGAUAGUUCAUCCUGCAUCUAGACAGAGAUCAGAUGGUGAGAAGGUCCGUGUUGGAGAUGAUGUUAUAUUAGUUAACAUCUCAUCAGAAAGGUACUUGCAUCUGUCCACUGGUGCAGUUUCUAACAACAAAUAUGACAUUGUGGUGUCUGUAGCUUUCCAGCACAGUCUCUGGCGUCUUGGUCCGAUCUGCUCUGAUGGAGGUGUUGCUCAAGGAUUUUUGAGAGGGGGAGACACACUCUGCCUGCUGCAUAGCCACAGUGAUGCUUGUUUGACUGUUUCCUCUGGGAAGGGUGUAGAGGACUUUCAGAGAGAAUUAUACUAUGAGACUGGACCAGCCUCUAAUCAUGCUAGCUCUCUUUGGAGACUAGAGAUUCUUCAAGUUGUAUGGAGUGGUAGUCACACACAUUGGGCACAACCUUUUCGACUGUGUCACUUGACCACUGGGCGAUACCUGGGUUUUACAGCAGAGGAUGGUCUCUAUCUGGUCAACCGGGUCAAUGCUGACAUCAAAACAACAGCUUUCUGCUUCAGACCUACAAAGGAAAAACUUGAGCCUUGUCCAAACACAAAUGCCAAUGGCAUGGGAACAGCAGAAAUCAAGUAUGGUGACUCAACUUGCUUUAUCCAGCAUGUGCACUCUGGACUGUGGCUAACGUAUAGUUCUGAUGCUAAGUCAGCUGGAUCACUGAGUGGUCGCCGUAAGGCUAUCUUACAUAGUGAGGGCCACAUGGAUGAUGGGCUAACAUUGUCUCGAUCUCAGAAUGAGGACUCGCAUACUGCUAGACUCAUACGUAGCACUGCUUUCCUUUUCACCUGCCUCAAUAGGAAACUAGAUGGUCAACAAGGAAACCCAUCUUCUGAUAUAUUUCCAAUAAAGACAGUGAUGUGCAGUGUUCUGGAUCUAAUUGAAUUUUUUAAGCCACCACCUGACGAGUUAGACACUGAGGUUAAACAAAAAAUUGUGAGCAAGUUAAGAAAACGUCAGAAAAUGUUUCAAGAAGAGGGUAUGAUAGACUUAGUGGUUGAGUGUAUUGACCAUCUGCAUCAGUAUAGUGAUGUGUCCUGUGAUGCUGAGGCACUGCAGAGUGAGGGAAUUAAACAGUGGGAGGAGAUCAUUAAGCACUUUUAUAAAAUACUCGCUGCCUUGAUUAGAGGAAAUCGUGCCAACUGUGCUCAAUUUUCAGUCUCUCUUGAAUGGCUAGUGAGCAAAUUAGAACGCCAUGAAGCCUCCUCUGGAGUCUUGGAGGUUCUUCACUUUAUUCUUCUUGAAAGUCCUGAAGCUGUCAACAUAAUAAAAGAGGAACACAUUCAGUCCAUUGUCUGUUUUCUGGACAAGCACGGAUACAACCACAAGGUGUUGGAAGUGCUCUGCUCUCUGUGUGUGUGCCAUGGUACUGCGGUGCGCUCCAAUCAGAACCUUAUCUCUGACAGCCUGCUGCCGUACAGAGACCUGCUGCUCCAAACUCGUCUGGUUAAUCAGGUCAUCAGUAUAAGACCAAACAUCUUUCUGUCAAUGGAAGACAAUUCUGCCCAACAUCGAAAGUGGUACUAUGAGGUCAUCAUUGAUAAUGCUGACCAAUUUGUCACACCUGAACCCACUCACCUGCGAGUGGGCUGGGCUUCCACACAGAGUUACAAACCCAGGCCCUCAGGAGGGGACGGCUGGGGAUGCAAUGGGGUUGGAGAUGACCUUAGCUCCUUUGGUUUUGAUGGACUGCACUUAUGGUCAGGUUCAGUUGGGCGCAGAGUAAACUCCCCUUUUCCUCAUUUGCUCAAAGACAAUGAUGUAGUCAGCUGCUGUUUGGACCUCAGUACUCCUUGUAUCUCUUUCCGAGUCAAUGGUCUGCCCGUUCAGGGGAUGCUGGAGAAUUUCUAUACGGAUGGGUUUCUUUUUCCUGUUGUUAGUCUCUCAGCAGGGGUCAGGAUUCGCUUUUUGUUUGGGGGUAAACAUGGAGAAUUCAGGUUUUUACCUCCACCCGGUUUUGCUCCAUGUUGUGAAGCUCUUCUUCCAAAAAACAAGUUGAGGGUAGAACCAUUUCAAACAUAUAUUUUGGAUAAUAAAGAUGGAAAACAUCUCAUUGGCCCGACUGCAUUUUGUGAACCAGUUAUUUUUAUUCCAAGCCCAACUGACAUCAGUAAGACUGCACUUCCCCUUCAACUUGAAAACAUCAAAAGAAAAAUGGCAGAACAUUUCCAUGAACUUUGGGUCAUGGACCAAAUUGAAUGUGGAUGGACAUCUGGAACUGUAAAAGAUGAGGAGAAAAAGAUUGAUCCCUGUCUGAUUGAGUUUUGUAAUCUCACAGACCUGGAACAAAACCAAAAUCUUCAAAUGGCAGAGGAUACCCUGAAAACUAUCCUUGCCCUUGGUUUUCACAUUGGAUUGUCUGAUGAGAAGGCUGAGGAAAGACUAAAAUACAUUACACUCUCAUCCAAGUUUGAAUUACCAAGUGGUUACAAACCUGCUCUGGUAGACCUGAGUGGUGUGUUACUCUGUCCAACUCUUGAAAAACUGGUGGAUUUGUUAGCUGAAAAUGAGCACAAUGUAUGGGCCAAAGAACACAUUAAGCAAGGAUGGACUUAUGGAGCUCAACAGGAUGUGAAAGCCAAGCGCAGUCCAUACCUUGUGCCCUACAACCAGCUGGGUGAAAGAAGAAGGAGAGCGGGGAGGGAGGGGGUCAGAGAUGCCGUCUGUACCCUGUUGGUUCAUGGAUAUAGCCUGGAGUUGUUUAAGAAGGAGUGUGUUUCUUUAUCAACUCCAUGUCUUGUUUCUACUGAAAAGUGCCGGGUGUUCAGACCAGAUAAGUCAUAUGCUGUGACUGUGGGGAAGUGGUACUUUGAAUUUGAAAUACUGACAGCUGGAAAUAUGAGAGUGGGCUGGGCCAGGCCUGGCUGCAUUCCAGACAAAGAGCUUGGCUCAGAUGACCAAGCUUUUGUGUUCAGUGGAGAUGAGGCCCACUGGUAUCACCAGGGUGGAGUACCACUUGGGGCAUUACCUUGGCAGAAAGGUGAUGUGGUGGGCUGCAUGUUGGACUUGUCUGAACACACUGUAAAGGUUGCUCUUAAUGGAGAUCUGCUGUUUAAUGAAAAUGGUUCUGAGCUGCUUGCCAAAGACUUUCCCAUCAAUGAUGGCUUGUUACCUGUUGUUGGUCUUGGAGUGAACCAGAUGGGAAAGCUUAACUUAGGCUCUGAGCCAGACUCUUUGCAGUAUUUUUCUGUGUGUGGCUUGCAGGAGGGUUACAAGCCAUUUGCUGUUGACAUGGCCAGCCAUCCUUCUUUAUGGAUGACUUGGUGGCAGCCGCAGUUUGCUUCUAUAAAACCUGAUGACCCAAAUUUACUUAUCACAAGAAUGAGUAGCCUGAAAGAUUCGGUGUCGAGUUUAAGAGUUUCUCAGAGGUCAUACUCCCAUCAGAGUGGCAGCAAGGAGAUGGGUUUUUAUCGUCUAAACAUGUCAGUUGAAUGUGCUUUGGUCCUCAGCAGCCCAGUUCGAACAAUACCCCCAGUAGCCCCUAGCUCCUUAUCACCAGCAAGAAAAGAGCAGGAGGAGUUGGAUUCUGACUUUGAAGUGCUUAUGAAAUCAGCUCACAAUUUUACUGGUUCAAGAGAUGAACUCAAUCACCACAAGGAUCACAGCCAAGACAAAACGUCAAAGCUGAAACAAAAGUUCAUGUUGAAGAGGACUAAACCAGGCUUAGUCAGCAGUAAUUCAUCAGCGAGGCUUUUAGAAGAUGUCUUAGCUGACAAAGACAGCAUGAGUAAUCUUGUUCAAACCUCUAAAUAUUACUAUUCAAUACGGGUUCUUCCAGGCCAAGCGCCUUCCAGUGUGUGGGUUGGCUGGGUCACAGCUGACUUUCACCAAAGUAACACAGCGUUUGAUAUUGACAAGGUGCACACUGUUACUGUAACUCUUGGUGAUGAUACUGGCAAGGUCCAGGAAAGUGCCAAGCGCUGUAACUGUUACAUGGUUUGUGCUGGAGAGGCCACUGGCCUGUCUCAAAGUCGCAGAAGCACAGGUUUGGAAAUCGGCUGUUUAGUUGAUACAGCCACUGGGCUUCUCACAUUUACCUCCAGUGGAAUUGAAAUGACAACCUUCUAUCAGGUAGAGGCAAGUACAAAGCUGUUCCCUGCUGUAUUCAUCAAGCCAACAACAAACAACAUGUUUCAAUUUGAACUGGGUAAUAUUAAGAACCUUAUGCCUCUAUCAGCUGGUUUGUUUCGCAGCCUCAGGAGGGACACAACCCCUCAAUGCCCUGAUAGGCUACAAGUCCAACAUCUUUGUCAAGUUUCCUGGACCCGUGUUCCUGACAAUGCUUUGAAAGUGCUGGUCAACCAAAGAGAAAACUGCCAUGGUUGGGUAGUCCAAUGCACAGAGUCCAGCCAAAUCAUGUCAGUUCAGAUCCCAGAUGAAAACCGGUGCAUUGACAUUUUGGAACUAUCGGAACACAAUGAACUGCUAAUGUUUCACUACCACACACUGCUCCUUUACUCCUCUCUGUGUGCUCUGGGGAACACCAGAAUUUGCCAUGCCCUUUGUAGCCAAGUGGAUCAGUCCCAGAUGUUUUAUGUCCUAGAGAAUUCCAGCCUUCCAGGAUUUCUACGCUCAGCGUUUUACGAGUUGCUUAUUCAGGUUCAUCUUAGUUGCCACAGCUCAGCAUGUCUGAUGAUGAACCAGGAGUAUAUUGUUCCUAUGAUGGACCUGACGUGUGCUAUCUCUCUUAAUCCCAGCACAGUGAAUAGCAGCUAUAUUCCAACCACAAUGGCUUCUACCCUUAAACCACACAUGCGUUUUUCUACCCCUGCCUUUGUGAGGACUUCUGAGGAAAAAAGUCCUGAAAGUGAAGCAGGAAAAGUUUGUAUUGACUGUCCUGAAAUCCCUUUAGAUCGACUAAAGAAUCUUACAGUGGAAAUGCUCACUGCAGCUGUGCAUGCUGUUGAUCAAGGUCUGAGAGAUCCUGCAGGGGGCAGUGUGGAGCUGCUGCUGGCUCCACUGAUUCGAUUGUUUUAUACUCAGCUUGUGAUGGGAGUAUUUGAGGAUGCCGACUUGAGGCAAGUUCUCACUCUAUUUUUACCGCAAGCUUUUUCUGAUGAAGAGGAACUCCCAAACCAAAAAGAUAACAAAGAACAAAUAUUGGAAAAUGAUCAAAAUUGUUUUUAUAAUUUAGGGUUGUUUCACAUGAAACUCCCAGAAGCUGUUAAAUUUGAGCUUUGCCAGGUCUUAUCUUUCCUCUGUGAUUGCCAAGUACGUCACAGGGUUGAAGCAAUAGUUGCAUUUUCAAGCAAUUUUGUUGAGCAGCUUCAAGAAAACCAAAGAUUUCGAUAUAAUGAAGUUAUGCAGGCCCUUAACAUGUCUGCUGCACUCACUGCUCGCAAAACAAAGGAGUUCCGAUCGCCUCCACAAGAACAGAUAAAUAUGCUGAUAAGCUUUAAAGAGAAAGAUAAAUGUGAGGACUGCCCAUGCCCAAAAGAAGUUCAGAAGCUUUUGGAAGAAUUCCAUGAUCUCCUAAAACAGCACUGUGACCCUAAAUUAGACAGAGGCUCUGAAGAUGAGGACGAUAAGGAAAUAUCUAUAAAAGAUCAACUUAGAAGUUUGAUAUUUCAAGCAUGUGCAGUGAGAAAGUCAACCACAGAUGAACAGCAUUGUAAUGCCUCUGUCCCAAGCCCCAUAUCCCUUGCCGAGCUCAUCUCCAGGACAAUGAUGCUUUGGGCGUCAGAAGCUAAAAUAGAUGACCCGGGUUUGGUGAAGGCCAUUUUCUCCUUGUUGCAUCGUCAGUAUCAAGGUCUCUGUGGCCAAAUGGGAGAAGCCCUUUAUAAAGCUUACACAAUAAGCCAAGCAUCAACAGAGGACACCAGAGCCCUUCUCACCUCUCUGUGCCAAAUACGCUCUCUCCUUAAAGUACGCAUGGGCAAGCAGGAGGAGAAACUAAUGACUGAUAAACUGGGAGAGAUCAUAAACAACAAAGUUUUCUACCAGCAUCCAAAUUUAAUGAGAGCAUUGGGAAUGCAUGAAACUGUAAUGGAGGUGAUGGUAAAUGUUUUGGGAGAAGGCAAAACAAAUGAGAUCAUGUUUCCGAAAAUGGUGGCAAGCUGUUGUCGUUUCCUAUGCUAUUUUUGUCGCAUCAGCCGCCAGAAUCAAGGGGCGCUGUUUGACCACCUAAGCUACCUGCUUGAACACAGUCGGGUUGGCCUGGCUUCACCAUCAAUGCGAGGAGCCACUCCUUUGGAUGUAGCAGCAGCCUCUGUAAUGGACAACUAUGAACUAGCAUUAUCAUUACAAGAAUGUGAACUACAAAAGGUGGUUAAGUAUCUUGCAAACUGUGGUGUCCAGAGCUGUUCCAUGCUUGUUGCUAAUGGAUAUCCUGACAUUGCAUGGAACCCUGUGGAGGGAGAGCGAUACUUGGAUUUCCUACGUUUUACUGUAUUUUGUAAUGGUGAAAGUGUGGAGGAAAAUGCAUAUGUCGUCUUAAAGCUGCUCAUUCACCAUCCUGAAUGCUUUGGGCCUGCUCUACGUGGUGAACAGGGACAGGGGCUUCUCUCAGCAAUGGAGGAAGCCAUCAGGGUCUCUCAAGACAUGUCUAUGGAUAGGCCUUAUGCAGUCAACCAUGAUAUUCAGGACUUGGAGGAUGGACUCAUUCAUAUGGGACAUGCUAUAAUGACCUUCUACUCAUCCCUUAUAGACCUCCUGGGCCGUUGUGCUCCUGAGAUGCAUCUUAUUCAGGCUGGAAAAGGAGAAGCCAUUCGUAUCCGGUCAAUAUUAAGAUCACUCAUUCCAAUUCAGGAUCUUGAGGGAGUCAUUAGUUUGCCCUUUCAAAUGCCUUCAAUAUCUAAAGAUGGCGAGGUGAAUGAGCCUGACUUGUCUGCCGUAUUCUGCCCAGAUCACAAGGCCUCCAUGGUUCUGUUCAUAGACAGAGUUUAUGGCAUUGAAACCCAGGUUUUUCUCUUGCACUUAUUAGAGUUUGGGUUUCUGCCAGAUCUGCAAGCUGCAGUUUCACUUGACACAAAUGAUUUUGGAUCCACUGAUAUGGCCCUCGCACUUAACAGAUACAUAGCCACUGCCAUGCUUCCUAUGCUUACUAAAUGCUCAACUCUUCUGUGUGAUUCAGAGGACCACGCCCCACUCUUAAAUUCCUUUAUUCUAGCCCUGUACAGCUUUUCCAAGGCUGCAAGCUUGACCAAAGUGCAGAGAGACACUACUGAACACUGCUUGUUGGCAAUAUGCAGUAAGCUCACACCAGUUCUAAUGCAGCCGCUUCUGCAGCAACUCAUACUUGACAUUGGUCAUCUAUCAGAACACAGUAAACUGGAGCUGAAGUUGCUGACCGGACACUACGAGCAGCAGUGGAAAUAUUAUUUACAGACAGGUGGAUUGGAGAAAGACUUGUUUUCUGAGGAGGGACACAUGUCUAGAAAGUUGUUCUGGACUAUUUUUAAUGUCUUGGAGAAAAUGUCUUAUGAACCACAGUUAUAUAAGCCUGGCGCUCAGUGCCUUACAACUGUUGCUAGGAGCUUGCCUCCAGACUAUAUGAAUCCCACCUACCCGACAGACAGAAAAGCCACAAUGGACGCAGAUGAAAACUUUGACCCUCAGCCUCUAGAUACCUCAAAUGUAUAUAUCCCUGAGCUCCUGGAUUCUGUUCUCAACAAGUAUGCCGAACAUUCACAUGAAAAGUGGUCACUAGAGAUGUUUACAGCAGGCUGGGUGCAUGGGGAGCAGUUGUGUGAAAAUGCCAGAGUUCAUCCUCUUCUAAAGCCAUAUAGAACUUUAGCUGAAAAGGAUAAAGAAGCAUAUCGCUGUUCUACAAAGGAGAUACUAAAGGUGAUGCUGGGUUUUGGCUGGACUAUAGACAGAACUAAAGGAGGAGAUGUCUUUGGAAAGCGAACAUGCACUCGUAGGAUUUCUCAGUCACAGUUGUCCUUUGAAGGUGCAUCAACAUUUAGCCCAAAGCCCAUGGAUAUGAGUAGCAUCACCUUGUCAUGGGAUCAGUGUGCAAUGGUAGAAGAGCUGGCAGAAAACAACUACAAUAUCUGGGCCAAGAAAAAUAAAUCGCAAGGAGGCCGUUCUACACUUGUCUCGUACAAUAUGUUGUCUGCCAAAGAGAAGACUAGAUUCAGAGAGAGAGCUCAGGAUGUCUUGAAGUUCUUGCUGUUAAAUGGGUACACAGUGUGGAGAGAGAAAAGGACAACAGGCACACAUUUUCCAGCCAUAUCCAAUUGCUUCGGCUACUCUCUUCUUCAACAUUUUGUUUAUCUCAUUGAUGUUGCUCAAGAGAAUAUUUUGGAGCUGGAGGUAAUGCACGUCAGAGGACACAUGGCUAAGGGAGACAAAGCCUCACAUCUCCAAACAAUACAUUUUUUUCCCAAGGUGGUUCUCCCUCUUCUGGGAGAAUAUCUGAAGGAUCAUCAUUUGUACUUCAUCUCAAGCUCUUUCUGCUCCAGCACUAAUGUUUAUGCAUCAACAAAAGAAAAAGAGAUAGUUGUGAGUCUUUUCUGCAAGCUUGCUGCUUUAAUAAGGCACAGAACUGCACUUUUUGGAAAUGAAUCUUUGUCAUUUACCAGCUGCCUCCAAGUGUUAGCUCAGUCUCUGGAUGUAAGGACACUGAUGGAUGGAGCCAGAGAUUUUAUGUAUGGAUCUUUGCAUUCAUUUUUGGAUGCAGCUGCAGCAGACCUGGAAAUGACAGUGGAAAACCUGCAUGUGGCCUUGUCUCCUCUCACUCAGAACAGGAGUCAGUCGACCAGAGGAGUGGUGGGCAUUCUCAGCCACACUACCUCAGUGCUGCUACCUGCUCUCACUUCCCUCUUUAAGCAUCUUGGCAACAGUAACAUCGGCUCUGAUAUUUUAGUGGGAAGUAUCCAGGUGUCCUGUUACAGGAUUCUCAACUCUCUUUACUCUCUUGGUACCAACAGCAGCAUUCAAAGAGAGGGGCCACAAUCAUCAGCUGGUAAAUGCCUUGCUGCCCUCUCCCAAGCCUUUCCUGUUUCCUUUCUUGAACCGGAAUUAAACCAAAACAACCCAUUUUCUAUCUACACCACCAUGAGUGUAACUGAAAUACAAGAGCUGGGGCUGCCUGAGCAGGUUACAGAGGUCUGUCCUCACCUGCCCUCUCUGUGCCAGGCCCUGGGAGAGGUGCAGAAGGUGGUGAGGGCGGGAGCAGCUGCCCGCCAGACUCAUUACAUCCAUGUCACAGAGGUCCUCCUACCCAUGUUAUGUAGCUACAUGUCUCACUGGAGCCAACCACACGUGUCUGACUUCUCCUCUGUCACUCCUGCACUCGUCAGUGAACUGCUCAGUCACAUCCUUUACAUUAUCCACAAUCAUGUUGGGGACAGCAGGGGUGACUGGAUGAAACACCUGGCAGUGUUUUCACAGCCUAUCAUAUGCCAUGCUAGUUCACAACUUUUAAAAAUCAAUUUUGUUCCACUAAUGGACAAGUUACGUAAAAAAGCAGAAGCUCUACUUCUUGAGGAGGAAAAGAUCAAAUCAAAAGACAUUGGAGUUUCUGAAGACCAACUCCUGAUACAGGAGAAAUUUAGUGUACUUGUGCAGGACCUGUAUGCUUUCUAUCCCAUACUCAUUCCAUAUGUGGAUUCUCAUCGAGCCAGCUGGCUGACACAUUUGAAUCCUGAUGCUGAGCAGCUGUUCUGCAUGGUGGCAGAGGUCUUUAUAUUCUGGGCCAAAUCUCAUAAUUUCAAGUGGGAAGAACAAAACUAUGUGGUCCAAAAUGAAAUCAACAAUUUGGGAUUUUUGGUUCAGAACAUGUCCAAGUUUGACCACGAAAACAAGAAGGCAAAGCGAAAGGGUGAUCGUUAUUGCACACAAACAUCCCUCAUUGUGGCCUCUAUGAAAAGACUGCUCCCUGUUGGACUCAAUGUCUGUUUUUUCAAUGACCAUGACCUUAUUAAUCUGGCAAAGAAUGACUUCUCCCUGAAGAACACCAAGGAUGAGAUUCACAAGCGUAUUUUUCAGUGCUUGUCAGGGCAGAAGAGGAAGCCCUCAGAGCUUCCAGUGGAGGAGCCCCUUUACUCAGAAAGUUCAAACACUCAGGGGUCUACAUUAGACCUACACAGAAAUGCACACAGGAUUGUUAGAGUUGCUCAAGUUCUUUAUCAUUUGGACCUGGUUGAAAAUCCUCAGCGAACCAAAAAAUCUACAUGGAUUAAGGUCUUGUCUAAACAAAGGAAGCGAGCUGUGGUGGCCUGCCUAAGAAUGACUCCACUGUACAAUUUACCAAGGCACAAAGUUGUUAACCUAUUCCUUCAAGGAUACAAUAAGACUUGGGUUUUAACAGAGCAAAACAGCAGUGAGGAGAAGGUUGUGGAAGAUUUGGCAGUGAUGCUGGAGUCUGCCAGGAGGGAAAAUCACUCUGAACAAUGUGCCACACCAGCUGACCCCCUGCAACAACUCAUCACACUCUUCAGUCAAAGUGCUCUGACAGACAGGUACGACAGCCUUUGCAAGUCUUAUUUUGCUAUAAUGGCUAAGAGUUGUCAUAUAGCACUGGAUAAUGAUGAGGAGCAGUCAGCGCAAAGUUUUGAGGUAAAUAAAUAUGAGCAGGAAAAAGAGAUGGAAAAGCAGAAAUUAAUUUAUCAGCAGGCACAGUUGCAUCAUCGUGGUGCAUCAGAGAUGGUCUUGCAAACCAUCAGUGCAAGUAAAGGACAAGUUGGCUCCCUGAUUGCACUCACGCUGAAGCUCGGAAUUGCUCUUCUUAAUGGAGGAAAUGCUGAUGUACAACAGAGAAUGCUUGAAUAUUUGAAGGCAAAGCAAGAUGUUGAUUUCUUCCAAAGUAUGGCUCGACUCAUGUGCACAUGCAGUGUUCUGGAUCUGAAUGCUUUUGAGAGGCAGAACAAGGCAGAAGGAUUGGGCAUGGCGAUGGACAAGCACUUAGGUAUUUUUUCAAAUCGAAAUCAUCAAUCAGUUACUGACAAUGAGCUGACCUGUGACCUCUUCCGUUUUCUCCAGCUGUUAUGUGAAGGACAUAACUCAGAUUUUCAGAAUUACCUAAGAACACAAACAGGAAACAACAUGACUGUCAACAUCAUUAUAUCCACUGUGGAUUAUUUACUUAGAGUACAGGAGUCAAUAAGUGACUUUUACUGGUUCUACUCUGGAAAGGACGUGAUCGAUGUACAAGGCCAGUACAACUUCUCAAAUGCAAUAAAGGUGGUUAAGCAGGUCUUUAAUACGCUCACUGAAUACAUACAGGGUCCAUGCACUGGCAACCAACAGAGCCUGGCACACAGUCGCCUCUGGGACGCUGUUGUUGGCUUUCUUCAUGUUUUUGCACACAUGCAAAUGAAGCUAUCACAGGUAGAGCAGCUCAGCUAUUGUCGCUGUGGUUUUGUUAUAAGCAAGAGAAAACAUGAUUCAAGACAAAUUGAACUUUUAAAAGAAUUCAUGGAUUUACAAAAAGAUAUGGUUGUGUUUUUGCUUUCCAUGCUUGAAGGAAAUGUGGUGAAUGGAACAACUGGGAAGCAGAUGGUUGAUAUGUUGGUGGAGUCAGCUGUCAAUGUGGAAAUGAUCCUCAAGUUCUUUGCCAUGUUCCUCAAACUUAAAGACUUUACCACCUCAGCUGGCUUCAGGGAGUAUGAUCCUGAUAAUAGGGGCUGCAUCUGCAGGAAAGACUUUCAGAGAGCCAUGGAAACCUGCAAUCGCUUCUCUCACGAGGAAACCCAGUUUGUACUUUCUUGUAUCGAGACAGAUGAAAAUGAAAUCCUUGAUUAUGAGGUAUUUGUGGACCGCUUCCACAAACCAGCUGAAGACAUUGGGUUCAGCAUUUCUGUUCUCUUCACCAAUUUGUCUGAGCACAUGCCUUUUGAUGCAAGACUAGGUGCAUUUUUGGAGCUAGCAGAAUGUGUCCUGGGAUACUUUCAGCCAUACUUGGGACGCAUUGAGAUUGUAGGCAGUGGAAAGCGCGUUGAACGUGUCUACUUUGAGAUAAGUGAAUCCAGUCGCAUACAGUGGGACAAACCUCAAGUGAAAGAGUCCAAGAGGCAGUUCAUUUUUGAUGUGGUCAAUGAAAGCAGAGAUAAAGAGAAAAUGGAGAUGUUUGUAAAUUUCUGUGAAGACACCAUCUUCGAAAUGCAACUCGCAUCAAAUAUUUCUUCUGAGGCUGAGGAGAGAAAUUCUGAGACAAAUGUACCAGAAAGUGAGAAAGAGUCCAGCGACAGCACCAUUUUUGUUUUUCAGUGGAUGUUUCUGCUCUUGUCUACAUUGUCUGUCAAGAAUCUGAGAAUAUUAUUGAAAAUGACCCCUAGAGAUAUCUUAAAGUCUGUUGUCAAUGUUUUACACCACAUUUUCUCAGCACUGUUGCAGUGCUUGUAUACUGCAGUCCGCAGUGUGAUGUAUGUACUUUAUGUGGUGUUCAUAAGCGGUGCACUCAUAGAAGCAGCAAAAACCAUAACUGUGUCUGAUGUACUCGGUGGUGUUGUGGAGCCAACUCUUGACGAGGUUAUGGAUGGGUCUGAGAAUGUGAACAAACAAUCCCAUUCGGACCGCUGCUCUCAUUGGAAUGAGCCAGUGGAGACCGGACAUGUGACCUGCUCUAGACCUGUGCAUGUCUUGUCAGAUAUAUUUGGAUUACAGGUGAAGAAGGAAGGAGGUCUGUACAGACUUAUGACUCCAGAGCACACCGCCAGUAUUACUGAUCUAUUUGCUUCAUCCACACGAGUAACAGCCACCAAUGCCUUUACCAAGAAACAUCAGCAACAGACACAUGAAUAUACAGAUGUUACAAAAUCACCCGACUUUGAAAGAGUGAAUGAGGUUGCAAAGAAGGAUUUGAAUGUAGCAUCUCAGCCCUGUUCCACUAAGACAGAGGAAGGAGUGAAGCAGCAUUCUGCACUGUGGGAGACAAUAAAUACUUACAACAAGAGUGUGCUGAAUUACUUUGCACGGAAUUAUUAUAAUAUUCGCCUUCUUGCUUUGUUCAUUACCUUUGCAAUAAACUUCAUCCUUCUCUUCUAUAAGGUAAACCCGUUGCCUCAACCACAUGUUCAUGACAGAGAAGAGAAAGAGCUCGGCUCCUGUGAAGAACAUGACACCGAGGGCCUGGUUUCUUUUGUGCUGGAGGAGAGCAGUGGAUACAUGGAGCCCUCACUCCAUUUCCUGGCAGUGGCACAUACAUUCAUCUCCUUCUGUUGUAUUAUUGGAUACUACUGCCUUAAGGUGCCCUUGGUGAUCUUCAAGCGUGAGAAGGAAGUGGCUCGGAGACUGGAGUUCGAUGGGCUGUAUGUGACGGUGCAGCCGCCUGACGAGGACAUCAAAGGACAGUGGGACCGGCUGGUCAUUAACACUCCAUCAUAUCCAAGUAACUAUUGGGAUAAGUUUGUCAAGAGGAAGGUAGUGGAAAAAUAUGGAGCGUUAUAUGGCUGUGAGAAGAUCAGUGAACUUCUAGGUCUGGACAAGUCUUCUUUAGACUUCAGCUCCCAAAGGAAAAAAAAGAAGUUCAAAAGAGCAGCUUUGGGAUCUUUAUUUACCUCCUUCGACAUCAAGUAUCAAAUUUGGAAGCUUGGAGUCAUUCUAACAGACAGAUCCUUUUUGUACCUGGCCUGGUACAUGGUCGUGUCCGUUCUGGGUCACUACAACAACUUCUUUUUUGCUGUUCACCUCUUGGACGUUGCUAUGGGCUUUAAGACUCUCCGCACUAUCCUCUCUUCUGUCACACACAAUGGAAAGCAGUUGGUCCUGACAGUGGGUCUGCUGGCAGUCGUGGUCUAUCUCUACACUGUUGUGGCCUUCAAUUUCUUUAGGAAGUUUUACAAUAAGAGUGAGGACGAGGAACGGCAGGACAUGAAGUGCAACGACAUGCUAAAUUGCUACAUGUUCCACAUGUAUGUGGGGGUGCGGGCAGGAGGUGGGAUUGGAGAUGAGAUCGAGGACCCGGCUGGAGAUGAAUUUGAGGUGGAGCGCAUCAUCUUUGACAUCACCUUUUUCUUCUUUGUCAUAGUUAUUCUGCUCGCCAUUAUCCAGGGUUUAAUAAUUGAUGCCUUUGGUGAACUUCGUGACCAACAGGAGCAAGUCAAAGAAGAUAUGGAGACCAAGUGCUUCAUUUGUGGAAUUGGAAGUGAAUACUUUGAUACAAUUCCUCAUGGCUUUGAGAGCCACACGUUACAGGAUCAUCAUUUGGCCAACUAUCUAUUUUUCCUGAUGUACCUCAUUGACAAAGAUGAAACCGAGUACACAGGACAGGAAUCCUAUGUCUGGAAAAUGUACCAGGAGCGGAGCUGGGAAUUCUUUCCUGUGGGAGACUGUUUCCGUAAGCAAUAUGAGGAUCAGCUGGGAUGAAAGACAUUGGAGAGACCUUGAGAAUACUCGAUAAGGUCCUCGAACAUGAGCCAACACAAGUCAAUUGAUGGAG